ACCAGUUUAAAAGAAGGAAGUCAGAGGAAAGAGUUGCAGGAUUUGUGAAAGGGUGUCAUGAAUGAAGCGUUAAUGCUUUACUUUUCCAAGGUGACUUCAGCUUUUGUAAAUCUGCUCCCAGGUCCCAGACUGCUUCUGUUUGUCACCAACAAGAGCUCAAAAAACAGAUGCAAAGAUGAGCGUUGAGUACCGAGACUCCACCGUGACCAGUAUGAGCGUUCACGACAGCGGAACAGGAUACAAGAGACUGAUACUGGACAGCAACAAGCUGCAGCACUCUGUUCACAGUUUGAGACAAAGCCCCUUCAAAGUGGCCACCGUUUGCCUGGGCGUGCUGUGUGUUGGGCUUUUGGUUGGAGUCAUCGGCCAAACUGUUCACUACCGCGAUGCAAAGCAAGACUACGAGAGCAAGUUAAAAGGCAUGAACGAGGAGAAAGAAAGCCUUCAACAGGAUGUGAGGAGCCUGAAGAAGCGCAGUGAAGAUCUGCAGGCCAACAAAAACCAGUUACAACAACGUUACAACACCCUCUCCAAAAGAAAAGAGCAAAUAGAGAUCAACAACAAUUUACUGACCGAGGAAAGAAACAAGGUGAAGGUUAGCGAAAGCCAGUUACAGGCCACCAACACCGCUCUGAACGCAGAGUUAGAACGGCUGAAAGACAGCACCGGCACACUGCAGAGCAACAACGCCGCCCUGACCACCGCUCAGAACCUGCUACAACAACAGUACGAUCAGGUGGUGAGACGCAAAAAAGAGCUGCAGAGUGACUGCGACACCCUGACACGAGACCGAAACAAUUUACAAAACAGGUUGAACAACGUGACCAGAGCCAAAGAGCAGCUGCAGAAGAACUACAACACCCUGGUGACAGACGUAGAACAUCUGCAGGGAAAGUUCAACCUGUCCUCCAGCCAGAAAGAGAAGCUGGAGAGCAGUCACCAGAACCUGACGUUAGCCAAGGACGCUCUGCAGAGCAGAUACGAGCUGGUGGUGAAGGCCAGAGACGAGCUGCAGAAGACGUACGACGAGCUGGUGGAAGAGAAAACAGAAGUGGAGAGGAACUGUAGGAAUGUGACAGAAGAGAGAGAUCUGCUGAAGGAGAAGAACAACAACCUGACAGCAGAGAGAGACCAGCUGGAGGUGGAGCUGAGGAGGCUGAACACCACAGUGGCAGACCGGACGUGUCCGUCUGGGUGGAGGAAGUUUCAGUUCAGCUGCUACUACAUUUCUACUUCCAAGAAAAAAUGGAAGCAAAGCAGAGACUUCUGUAAAGGCAAAGGAGCCCACCUGGCAAUCAUAACCAGCCAAGAAGAAAUGAACUUCAUUAACGGCCUGUUCCAAAGUGACAAAGAGGUGUGGAUUGGACUGACCGAUGAAGGAGUGGAAGGACACUGGGUAUGGGUGGACAGGACGCCGCUGACCACAGCGUUCUGGGGCAAAGGCCAACCCAACAGCUUCGACGGUCGCAAUCAAGACUGUGUGGAAUUUUGGCACAAGGAUUCAGGGGUGGGUGACUGGAAUGAUGAGGACUGUAACAUUGAACAGUACUUUCUCUGUGAGAUGUAGACUUUCAAAAGACCUCGAAGCCACUGUAAUGAACAGGCUGACCAGGUGUUUAUGAGCCACAUGUGGGACAAGGAGUGUGUUUGUGUGGGACAACAUGGGACACAAAACCGUAAUGCUGGAGCAAAGUGUAGAUUUUUAAACAAUGUGCAUCUUAUUGUCGAGUUUAUAAAUAUGAAUAACAACAAUUUGAUUUGGUUGCACACAGUAUGUAUAUUUCUGCACUGGGCAUUUAUGUUUUGCUUUUUUCUGCACAGGUUUAAACUACUUUUUUUGCUUGUAAAAACAAAACAAAAAAAUCUACUUGUAAAAAGUCAAAAAAGAAACCCCAAGUUUCAAAUACUAUAAUUAAAUACUUUUAGAAAAUCUGCUUUUUUUUAUUUGAGUACAUGUUCUCAACCCUCAAAGAUAAACUAAUCUAUGUUCAAUAAAACAAAAAGGCAGAACUGACAACACUUUAAUAGCUGUUUCAACUUCCAGUCAAACUAAAAUUACUUGGACCAAAACCUUUGUGCGUCCAUAUGUUAACACCCUUAGAGUGGACCAGUGCAGGUGAGGCACUCACAUCUACUAGGUUCGGUAGAGGAGAUGAUAGGUUGGAAUGAACUGCCAAGAUUUAGGAAAAAUGAACAAUGGUGAUUAAUUACUCCACCACAAGAGAAAUACAUUUGUUUGAGUACAUUGUUAUGAAAAUAAAAAUACAACAAUAAAACCCCAAAAUAAAAUAGAGCUCUUUCCCCAAAAAAGUAUGAUUUGAGUUCAGUUUGGUUGAUGAAGUGUCUUUAGUUCCAACCAUUGCUACCCGGGUCAUGUAUUAUCGUGCUGUUGUGUCUUAUCUGGAUCCAGUGGAAACAGUUGAAGUUCUUCUUUGGCAGAGGAUUCGGGCUGGCCACACCGUUAACACCCCUCACUGUCACCAUGGGCUGGACUUGCCAUCAGAUUUCAAAGAUCACUAUAAAACCAAUCUACACAAAGUGUGCAGAGAGUAAACAUUCUGUUCUGGUUCUUAUAAUUAGGUUUCUGUUUGAAGUGCAUUAAAAUUUAGCAUUCAAAUGUCAUAAUGACAGUUGUAUCCAAAUGAAUGAAUGUACAUCUCAGUACUCUGGUACUUUAGUUUAUGCCGCGUUUCCACUACGUGGAACCAGCUCGGCUCGACUCAACUCUGUAUUCCUGCAAACCGUUUCCAUUCCAGGAUACUACUGACUUUACAGUACCUGGUCGUCAUAGCGAU